AGUACAAUAGACACCGAAUUUUGGUGCAAAUAAAAAAUUAAAAAAAUUUCUAAAAUAUAAAAAAAUUUAAAUAUUAUCAUUAAAAAAAAUACUUCAAAACAAAAAGUAACGUCCGAAAGUUCUACAAAUGCACAAAUAUAUAUAUUAUUUAUAUUUAAAUACAUGAUUUAACUAAAAACUAUGAGUCAAUCAAGAUAAGCCAACAAAAAUUACGUAAUACUCAAUAAAAAAAAAUAUUCGCAAAAUAAACAAAAUCAAAAGAAAAAUUUGAACAAGCUACAAGCCAGAGCCACCAUCAAAACACCAUCGUCAAAAUGAGUUCCGUACAACAGGAUAUGUUUCUACUGGACUGUCCUACCUAUGAGGACUAUUUGGACACAUUCAUCACACGCCAUGAUAUACACUUUCUACGCAACAUACGCUUCUGUCGUAUGCUCGUCGAACUUGGCUAUCGUUCGGCGUCCGAAAUCUACACACCCGAACAGUAUGAGAAGCGCAAGGCGGCUGUACAGGAAUCGUUAUGGCCGACGAAAAAAUCGGCAAUGUUAUUCAGUGAGAAUAUGAAUUCCACAGACCCCGUGCUGCUUGAGUUGGCACGACGUGAACAGCCGAAUACACAGAAGAUCAUAUCGACCAUCAUAUUUGUUAAACAUCGGCUAAAGUCCGGUUUCGAGAUUUCCGGUUAUAUCGAUUUCGAACAUAGUCUUAAGCAGGCAAAUUUGAUGGUCGAAGGUUGUACCGAUUGGUUGGGCGUAUUUCAGGAGCGUGUGCUAUUACGUCCGAAACCGACGGAUCUCAGUUUUUACGAUUGGCACAAGGGUACGGUGCAUUACAAUCAUUCCGAAAACUAUGUGGUUCUACAUGAUGUCGAGAAUGGUCUGAUAUUUAUGCAUCGCGGUGAUCACAAGAAGAUUUGUGUCGAUAUUUUACGCGAAAUGUAUACAAAUAAUUGCACACGCGAAAUGCAUUUCUCGGAAAGAUAUGGGCAUGUCAUAUUCUACGAUCACAUAAUACGAAAGAAGAUAUAGUUGUCUAGCAUAUAUUUCUAACGGUGUGUACUUUUUUGAUGUUAUUGUGUAAUGUAAUAACUAUUCUCGCGCGUUUAAUGUUUUUGCUGUUAAAAAAAUAAUUUUACUUGGAUUUUCUUGUGUAUUUCCCAUUGAUUUGUGAGCUCCAUCGAAAACCCAUGCCAGAA